CCGGACAUUAUGCUUGCAUCUUUCAAUCCGGAAUGAUAGUUGGACUGCUUGAAUAUAAACUGCCCUCUUGAUAUAUUAAAUCUGUAGAGUUAAUAAAGCCUAACCGUUGACCAUGGACGGGACUGAAGUAGCGAAACGUAACACAAGUGAUUCGUGCUGGAUCGUGCUCAACGCCGAAGUGUACGACGUGACAUCCUAUCUCGAGCAACACCCAGGCGGAGCAGCCAUUAUUUUGGCGCAAGGUGGAAAGGAUGCCACCGCAGAGUUCAGCAGGAUCCAUUCGCCGGAUAUCUUGCAAUACUUGCCGGAUGGGAGCCGCCUCGGCCCCAUUGAUGAGAAAACGCUCGGCGCGCUUAAACCACCACGAGACGAGUUGACCACAAUUCCGUCAGGUAAAGAAGACAAAGUGCCUCACUUGUCAGGGUGUGUUGUCACCACCGACUUUGAACAUGCCGCCAAGACUGUAUUGCCCGCCCGGUCCUGGUCGUACGUCUCCUCGUACAGCAACUCUGGCCUGUCCAUGGCAGGCAAUCUGGAUUCAUGGUCGUCUGUUCGAUUCCGUCCCCGUGUGUUGCGCAAUGUGGAGAAGGUAUCUACCGAGACCUCUAUACUCGGCCACGCGUCUCCACUUCCAUUCUAUGUCUCGCCAAUGGGUCUCCUUGGGCGGGCCCAUGAAGAUGCUGAACUCGGGCUGGUGAAGGGACUCGUACGCAGCGGUGUGCAUGGGCUUAUCAGCACAAUGUCUACCCGGCCAACGGAAGACGUCGCUGGUGCCCUGGACGAUGAGUUAAAGCAGGCGAGGGGCAUCUCAAGGGACUUUCCGUCCUCGUCGCAGUUGCAUUUCCAACUUUACACUAGUUCAAACCGUGAAACUACCAUCAAGCUCAUCAAUCGAGUGAAGGCGGCCGGCUUCAGAUCCCUCUGGGUAACUGUCGACACUCCCAUUUUAGGCAAGCGUACGAUAGAUCGACGACAAAUGGCAGAAGAGGCCUUGGCGCUUGGUUCGGAGCAGCAAGCAUCUACUAUUGGGCUCGGCAUCCAGACCCACGUGCCAGCAAAUCGAAUCAACGCCGCACUAGAAUGGGACGACCUAAAGUGGCUGAAGGAGGCUUGGGGCGGUCCACUGGUCUUGAAGGGGAUUCAAAGUGCGGAGGAUGCAAAGCUGGCAAUGGAGUACGGAUGUCACGGGAUAUUACUAUCAAAUCACGGUGGCCGGCAACUUCAUUCCGCUCCUGAUGCUCUCUCCACCCUGGUAGAGAUCCGCCAGUACUGUCCCGAAGUCCUCGAGCAUGUGGAAAUUUUCGUCGAUGGCGGCUUGAGAGACGGUGCCGACAUACUCAAAGCUUUGUGCCUGGGUGCGAAAGCAGUUGGCAUUGGCCGUCCAUUCUUCUAUGCUCUGUCUGCAUACGGGACCCCCGGAGUUGAAAGAUGCGUCGAUAUACUUGCUGAAGAAUUGCGAACAACUAUGGCCCUCACUGGUAUCACCUCUCUUGAUCAAGUGCAUCCGAAUAUGGUCAAUGCGAGUCGUCUAUUGAGUGAGAUGUGGCGACCUAUAGAUGUUCGGCCAAUGAAGAGCCGCUUAUAGUAAGUAGUUGGAUGUUCUCCAACCCACUUAAAUACGUCAUCGAGUAGCUUUCCAGCAUUACGACUUCUGCAGUAUCAUUCCAACUUCAAUGUCCAGUAUUUUUCAGUUAUUAGAACGUUAUGACGUUGAAACAUUUGCCCUCCCAAUGGAAACUUACGACUUCGGCGAUGAGACCAGUCUAUUCGCCAGCCAUUGCACGUUUUAAUACAUGUUGUAUUAAGCGAUAAUGUGUGAACAAGUUCCAGAUGAGUCUUGCAUGUUAGAAAUUCUGUCUCAUUGAGAGAAAUCAUGAGAACAAUCUUUGAAUGGAACCUCGGUUUGUAUCACUAAAAGGACAUGCUAAUGACUGAC